CAAACUUCAAACAGUUCAAACUUGUAAAUUUAUGAAAUCAAAAUCUUGUUUAAAUAAAACAUUACAAAUACGAAGGUUUUAAUGAUAAAAACUUGUUUUUUAAAUAAAAUGUGUAUUAGAAACAUAUCAGAGUGCAUACAAUCGCAUAAUAAAAGGUUAUCUUCGAUAAAUAAAGCAACAGAAAUUACAUUUUCAAAAGUUGUAGUUAAUAGUUUUAGAAAGGCUAAUUAAUAUAUCUACACGAAAAUGGAUCAUUUGGAGAAUAGAAAAUUUAAAAAGUACUUAAUUUAUUUAAUUAUUGUAUCUUGUGUACUUAUUACGUGGAAAGUUUUGUCCAGUGAUUCAGAAGAAGCAUACAUAAGUGAAGUGAAGGAAUGUCUCAAACUAUUUCAAUACAAGUUACAAUUGACACCUUUGCAAAAUAUGUUAUUAAAAAAACUAGAUGAUAUUCCAAUUAUUUAUGUUAUUACUCCAACUUAUUAUAGGUACGUUCAGAAGGCUGAAUUGACUAGAAUAUCGCAAACUUUGAUGUUAGUUCCUAACGCCCAUUGGGUGGUUAUAGAAGACUCCGAAGAAAGAACCAAACUAGUUAGUAACUUAAUCAGCGAUUCCGGUUUGAAGACGACUCAUUUGGUAGCUAAGACUCCGCCAUUCGAAAAAUUGAAGGCGAAAGAUCCCAGAUGGAAGAGACACAGAGGCGUUGAACAACGAAACAAAGCUUUGUCUUGGUUGAGGGAUAAUCUACAACUGGGAAAAGAUAAGGGUUUUGUUUAUUUUAUGGAUGAUGAUAAUGCUUAUAAUGUUAAGUUAUUUUCCGAGAUUAUGAAAAUAAAAAAAGUGGGUGUUUGGCCUGUCGGUUUGGUUGGGGGUUUUAAUGUCGAAACGCCCGUUUUAGAUCCUGGUACAGGUAAGGUGAACGGGUAUAAAAGCGGCUGGAAGCCCAACCGUCCCUUCGCCAUAGACAUGGCGGGAUUCGCGAUCAAUUUAGAUUUGAUACUAGAGAACGCCAAAGCCAAUUUUUCAUACAAAAUGGAAAAAGGUUUCCAGGAAAGUCAAUUUUUGAGCUACUUCACCACCAAGGAAAAUUUAGAACCGCUUGCCGAUAAUUGCACCAAAGUGUACGUGUGGCAUACCAGGACAGAGAAACCCGUAGUUAAAAGCGAAGUUUCGGGUUACGAAGUUUAAAUUAUUUUCUCACGAGAGCGGAAGUUUGUGGAACGAGUCGUCAGCUAUUUACGUAUUCAGCAUCAGUACAUCGGUGUAAUAUUUUUUCAAUGAUGCUGUAUACGUGAUUAUUGGAUGUCUAGGUGAAUCGAGACGAAGUCGUAUUAUACAAGGAGCACUCCCAAACACAAAUAUUUCUUUUUGAAAUGUAAUAAAAUGAAUCUUUAAACCAUUUUUUCCAAUCUGAGCACGGUACCUCCAAAAAUAGUCUAUUACACUUCAAAUAUCCGCCCCUUAAUGGUUCUAUUUGCCAAUGGGGGACUCUGAAACUUUACUAAGCAAGUCAACAUCACCUAUCGCUUCAUGUAUCCACCGUCAUAUAUAAUAUAGUUGGAUGUUGCCAUGUCAAUUCAUUUAGACACUAUUAAGUGCUAUCGGGGGGUAUAUGGCAAUGGAUAAUACGAUAAGUUGCGUAUAACUUCGUUAUUAUUGGUGCAAUUCAAAUGAGGUAAAUGUUUUGAUGUUUCUGACUUGCAAGAGAAGUAACUUGUACAUUUUUGUUGUCACUGUUAUUACAAAUCUUUGGUUGGCAUCCCUGUUAGCAAAUUGAGUUUUACAAUAAUUUCUUUGGCAUGUAUUAGGUUUAUAUGAUGCAGAUAGUUUUAGGCUAGGAUUUUUAUAUUGAAAGAUACAGUGCGAAGAUAAAUAUAAUAAUAUAUAAUUCGGUUUAAAAUGGAAUUGUCAACUGAAUUAUAGAUUAUAAACGCAAAAAUGUAUGCAGUACACUACCUUUAGCCGUGCGGUUCAUCCCGUUAGGCAACUGGUCAAGGCACUAGACCGCAAAUUUAGUUAUGAUUGGUUCGACUCCAGUUCUGAACAUAUGAACUUUUGUCAAUUUUUCAUUAAUUUGUAGUGAUAAAUGUAAUAAUUUCAGCUAUUAUUAUUAGAACGUUACUAGACUAUACAUACUUUUUUCUAGUGUAUCCCUAGUAGUAUUAAAUGAAGACGAAGAAAAUGUAUUAAUUCCAUAAUCGAACGAAAAUUCCGAUAAUUACGAAAUAAGAAUAGCUUUAAGUUUUACUCCAAAUGCGUGUUAUAUUAAAUUGUUAUUAAUCUAUCAAUGCAUCUUAGCUUAGUAAUUUAUAGAUUUUAUUUGAUAAUUAAUUUAAUUUGCAGCUCACAACGAAAAAUGUACAUUAAAGAUUAAUGUACAUCUGAGAUAUUUAUAGGGUUUAUUUUGCUUCAAUAACUUUAAGAUUUUUAGUUUUUAAACCAAGAAUAGCUCAAUUAAUUUUAUUACGAAUAUUAUUAUUACGAAAUAAAUUUAAGAAUAAUGUUUUGCUGCUAAUAAAAUAUAAUUACGACAUUUAAAUUAAUGGAUUAUAAAAUGUAUAUUAAACGAAAAGGAUUAUAGAUAUUUUAUUACACAUUCAAAAUUGUGAUAUUUUUGACGUACUUCUAAUAUUUUACUGAAAAGGUCGUUAUUGUACGGGGUUUAAGUCUGAACUUUUUUAGUUAGUAUUUAGAAACUAUCAGAUUUGCCCAUAUAGCAUAAAAAUUCAAUCAAAAAAUAACAAAACUAUUUUAAAUGUUAAACUUUCCUAUUUUUAUAUGGUGACAAUAAUUGGUGUUUUUUAUAAUGUACCACUUUGAUGAAUGGCUGAUAAUUUACUGCGUGAAGUUAGACAUUUUUUGUAAAUAAGUGGUAUAUUUAUAUAUUUAGUUUUAAAAGAAUCACGCAAAUCAACGAUGAUCAUGUUUAUUUAUUUUGUUAGGAAUCUUGCAUUUAUUUAAAUUAAAAUAAAAUCUU